AUGUCUUCUAGUAGUAGUACCACCACCAGUUCCAACAAUGAUGAUAAUGAUGUUUUAUUCUCCAAUGAGGGAAUGGCCAGACUCAUUCAAUUGAACCGUCCUAAAAAGCUUAACUCAUUGAAUACUUCUAUGGUUAAUAAGAUUACUCCUCGGUUAUUGGAAUACGGUAAAUCCGGUGUCUCCAAUGUGAUCAUCAUGACUUCAACAUCUCCCAAAGGGUUAUGUGCUGGAGGAGAUGUAGCCGAAUGUGCUAGACAAAUCUUGGAGGGGAAUUCUGGCUAUGCAAGUGAUUUCUUUCAACAAGAAUAUAACUUGAACUAUUUGACCUCCACUUACGCCAAACCUUAUAUUGCUUAUAUGAAUGGAAUCACCAUGGGAGGAGGUGUUGGAUUGUCUGUUCAUUCCCCAUUUAGAAUUGCUACUGAAACCACUAAACUUGCCAUGCCCGAAAUGGAUAUCGGGUUCUUUCCAGAUGUCGGGACCACCUUCUUUUUACCCAGAUUAGAUGAUUAUGUUGGAUAUUAUGUGGCUUUAACUGGUGCCAUUUUGACUGGAUUAGAUGCUUAUAUGUUGGGCUUUGCAACUCAUUAUAUCCCCAGCGACAGAUUAGCGACCUUGACUACCCGAUUAGGCAACUUGAAGCCUCCAGUGAUCAAUGGUAGUCAAACUGAUGAUAUCAUCUUAAAGAAUCAAAGUGAAUAUUUCACUCAAGUUAAUCAAGUAUUGGAAGAAUUCACCAACAACAAAAUCCCUGAAGAUUAUAAGUUCCCAUUCACUGCAGAUGAAUUGACUACUAUUAAAAAUGCCUUUUCAAAAUCAACUAUUGGUGAAGUCUUUCAAGCUUUAACCAAUGAUGGGUCCCCAUUUGCUCUCAAGACUUUGGAUACCUUGUCAAAGAAACCAAUAAACUCUUUGAAGGUUGCUUUGGAGUUACUUCAUGUUGGAUCUAAAAAUACUAUCAAGAAACAGUUUGAAACCGAGUUAAUUGCUGCCACGAAUUUGAUGAAUGUUAAACCCGAAGAUUCCGAUUUUGUUAUCGGAGUUAAGCAUAAGUUGAUUGAUAAAGUCAAGGAACCAUUUUACCCACAAUGGACCAAGCCAUUGCCUGAAGAGAAAAUAAAGAAGUACUUGGAAGAAUCAAUUAACACUGUUAAAUUGGAGAGUCCAUUGAUCAACUCCUUCUAUAACUUGAAUUUCAAACAAUAUCCUCAUCAUAUGGGUUUACCAACUGUUGAACAAGUUAAAGCAUUCAUAACUGGAAACGAUGGUUCAGGACGAUCUUAUUUGCCAACACCAAAGGAAGUUAUCAAUCAUUUCAAGCAGAAAACCAACAAUAAGCUUGGUGUUGCCUUAAAGAUUGAAUCGGUCUUGAAGGUUCAUGGAGAAACAUCGAAAUAUGAUGACAAGUACGUCUCUUGGAAAGCUUGA